CUCACCAAACACUAACCGGACUGAACUCUGAAACACGACGGUUAUCAACCGACGGCGAUGAGUGGCGACGAUUUACCGACGAAGGAGGCGAACGUGUUGAAAGGCCACGAAGGUGCAGUUUUAACGGCGAGAUUCAACAAAGACGGCAAUUACUGUCUCUCCGGUGGCAAAGAUCGGACUAUUCGUCUCUGGAAUCCUCACAGAGGAAUUCAUAUUAAGACUUACAAAUCUCACGGCCGUGAAGUUCGCGAUGUUCACGUUACACCAGAUAAUUCGAAGAUCUGCUCAUGUGGUGGUGAUCGGCAAGUCUUCUAUUGGGAUGUAUCAACCGGUCGUGUGAUCCGAAAGUUCCGAGGCCAUGACAGUGAGGUGAAUGCUGUAAAGUUCAAUGAAUACGCAUCUGUAGUUGUAUCAGCAGGGUAUGACCGUUCUUUGCGUGCCUGGGACUGUAGAUCUCACAGCACCGAGCCUAUUCAGAUUAUUGACACCUUUCUAGACAGUGUCAUGUCAGUUUGUUUAACAAAAACCGAAAUCAUUGCGGGAAGUGUUGAUGGAACUGUGCGAACAUUCGACAUUCGAAUGGGUAGAGAAUUAUCUGAUGAUUUGGGACAACCUGUCAAUUGUAUCUCUCUGUCAAAUGACGGUAACUGUGUAUUAGCUAGUUGUCUUGAUUCUACUCUGCGGCUUUUAGACCGAACUACUGGUGAAUUACUACAAGAAUAUAAAGGUCAUACAUGUAAGUCAUUCAAAAUGGAUUGCUGCCUUACAAACAGUGAUGCUCAUGUAGUCGGAGGAUCAGAAGACGGGCAGCUUUUCUUUUGGGAUCUGGUGGAUGCAUCGGUGGUUUCAAGUUUCCGUGCUCACUCUUCAGUGGUAACAAGCGUUAGUUAUCACCCAAAAGAUAACUGUAUGAUAACCGCAUCAGUAGAUGGAUCAGUACGUGUUUGGAAAGCCUGAACAUCAUAAACCUGCAAUUGCAAAGCUUGAGAUUUGUAACCCUGCCAUUGAAGUCUGCUUUGUAUGUAUACAUUAAUGGAUGGAUCAGUAAUAUCAUUCAUUUGAAGGGAGCCAAUUUUUUUUUUUUUGGUCAAAGCCUCAUCUAUGUAUAAUAUUACUUUUGGUGCACAGUGUUCUUAGUAGAUGUUUUCAAGAUGUUCAAGUUCUUAAACCUGAGCAUGAUUGUUGGAGCAUGGUUAUGAUAGACAUUUUUAAUUAUUUAAAGCUUUU